AUGUAUUUUGUUGAAGGAAUUGCAACAGCGAACAAGACCAAAGUCGGAGAGCGUUUGCCAUGGGUAUUCAAUGGAUGGAGCCUGCCUCGAUCUAUUGAAGUUGAUAGCAUGCUGGACGAAUGGUUGAUAUGCGGAAUCAAAGUCACCUGGAACACAAAUAGCAGUCAGACAUUAGAUGUUUGGCGGGUUUCAGAUGUCAAACCGAGUGUGGAUGGGGAUAAUGAGGUUGAUCUGCACAUUGGCCUCUGGGUCGAACGCGAAGUGCUUGAGAGAUGGCUCCUUCCUUGCUUGAAUUUCGAAGAUCCUAUUACCGAUUUUAACAAACUUCCACUGUCCAAGAGAGAGGCUGGCAUGAAGAGUGCUGGGCACAAGAAGAAGCAGGCCAUGCAGAGUUCUAAGCCGCUACGUCGUUCGGUCAGAAUUAAAAAACUUCAAGCACGUAAGUGA